AGUCGGCGGUACAAAAUGGCGGCGGCGGCGGCGACGGUCGCGGCUGGGGCUCCCGGGCCGGCGGCCCCCGCGGCAGCGGCCUGCACCCCGGGCUCGGGGAGCGCAGGUCCCGGGGCGCAGGGGAUGCUGAUCGGGGACCGGCUGUAUUCCGGGGUGCUCAUCACCUUGGAGAACUGCCUCCUGCCCGACGACAAGCUCCGCUUCACGCCGUCCAUGUCUAGCGGCCUCGACACCGACACGGAGACCGACCUCCGCGUGGUGGGCUGCGAGCUCAUCCAGGCGGCCGGCAUCCUGCUCCGCCUGCCGCAGGUGGCCAUGGCUACCGGGCAGGUGCUGUUCCAGCGGUUCUUCUACACCAAGUCUUUUGUGAAGCAUUCCAUGGAGCACGUGUCAAUGGCUUGUGUUCACCUGGCCUCCAAGAUAGAGGAGGCCCCGAGACGGAUACGGGAUGUCAUCAACGUUUUUCAUCGCCUUCGGCAUCUGAGAGAGAAAAAGAAACCUGUGCCUCUACUGUUGGAUCAAGAUUAUGUUAAUUUAAAGAAUCAGAUUAUAAAAGCAGAAAGACGAGUUCUCAAAGAGCUGGGUUUCUGUGUCCACGUGAAGCACCCUCACAAGAUAAUCGUUAUGUACCUUCAGGUGUUAGAGUGUGAGCGUAACCAGCACCUGGUCCAGACCUCAUGGAAUUACAUGAAUGACAGCCUACGCACAGAUGUGUUCGUGAGGUUCCAGCCUGAGAGCAUUGCCUGUGCUUGCAUUUAUCUUGCUGCCCGGACACUGGAGAUCCCUUUGCCCAAUCGUCCCCAUUGGUUUCUUUUGUUUGGAGCAACUGAAGAAGAAAUUCAAGAAAUCUGCUUAAAAAUCCUUCAGCUUUAUACUCGGAAAAAGGUUGAUCUGACACACCUUGAAAGUGAAGUAGAGAAGAGAAGGCAUGCCAUUGAAGAGGCCAAGGCACAAGCUAGAGGCCUGCUGCCUACUAGCACCCAGGCUCUGGACAAUGCUUCAGGGUUCUCACCUGCCCCCAAGCUCGCAGAAUCCCCCAAAGAAGGGAAAGGAAACAAAGCUUCCCCGCUCUCUGUGAGAAACGCCAAGAGGAAAACGGAUGGCGUGAAGAAGAUCAAGGCUGACAGCCCAGUAAAUGGCUUGCCAAAGGGGCGAGGGAGUCGAAGUCGGAGCGGCAGUCGUGAGCAGAGCUACUCAAGGUCCCCAUCACGAUCUGCUUCUCCUAAGAGGAGAAAAAGUGACAGUGGCUCCACGUCUGGUGGGUCCAAGUCUCAGAGCCGCUCACGGAGCAGGAGUGACUCCCCACCGAGACAGGCACACAGAGGUGCUCCGUACAAGGGCUCCAAGGUGAGGAGCUACCGGAAGUCUAAGGACUGCAAGUACCCCACCCAGAAACCACACAAAUCCCGGAGCCGGAGCUCCUCUCGCUCUCGAAGCCGCUCACGGGAGCGGGCAGAUAAUUCUGGGAAAUAUAAGAAAAAAAGUCAUUACUAUAGAGAUCAGCGAAGGGAGCGUUCUCGGUCUUACGAGCGAACAGGUCAUCGCUACGAGCGGGAUCACCCUGGUCACAGCAGGCAUCGGAGGUGAGGUGCUGGGCUCCCAGAGCGCUGCCCUCUGAUCCUUGGUGUGCACACCAGGCAGGGCAUGACUGCCUUGUGGUGUGUGACUCUUUUUGGAAAUGGCUGUUAACUCUGGACCUCGUGAUUUUGGAGAUGGAAUCAAGAGGCCGGCGAGGUGCCCUUUAGGCCGGCCUGGGCACGGUACACACCGGUGCCAGCACAGGGCCCACCUCAGCAGCCAGCCCUGUGGCAGCUGGAUGUGGAAGCGGACACGUACAUCCUAGUGGUGUGGCUUGGUGCUAAUGACAGGCUGUGUCUUUACUCCCAUACCAAUACUCAAUUACGUUAAACCAAGAAAAUGACUUUUAGAACCUUUGCCUAUAUUAGGUUGUACUUCUGUACAUAUUUUGCAGUGUUUCACGAUGAGAAAAUGGCCUUAAUAGCCCCUUAUUCUCUAUCCGCCCUGUAAAUAAACAUGUGUUUAAUACAAGUUAAAGCUAUAUAUGAAAACUCAGAACUUGAAUUCUGUCAGCUUAAAACUUGUGUAGAGAAUUCUGAUUUUUAAAAUGUGAAGGUAUUUAGAUCUGUGUUGAAAGUCGUAUAUUUUUAUCUGUGCGAUGCUGUGUGCAGGCCACCAGCUCCCAAAUAGAGGUUUCCUAUAUAUGCAUUUUACGUGAUUAAAUAAACACAAUUCUCUCUACUCAGGACAUUC